CAGCAGUCAGUCAACAAAACAACUGUCAGUUUACAGUCGUAGUUCGUCCGUACAAAAUCGUUCAUGUUCAUGAUUCAUUGAUAAUUUGGAUAUGUUUUAUUGACUACUGAUAAACUUAGUCCCUUUAUAAAUAAAUACAUAAUUUGGAUAAUCAAGAGCACCAUGUGCAAAGUGAUUUUUAUGUGUGAAUCAUACAUUUGUGAAAAGUGAUAUUGGAAAAUCCAAUGUUUUUAUUUAGCCAUGUAAUUAUUAAUGAGGAACAAUAAAAUAAACGUAUUGGUCUAAUUCAGUGUAGUGCAUGAUUAGAAUAAAAUGAGCCACUCGUCGACUUCGGUUGCUGAGGGAACUGCUAGUUCUAUCAGCAACAUAGAAACUACGUCAGACACAGCUCAAUUACUAAGUACUGAAGAUCCCAGCACUUCUAAUUUCACGCAACUUAAUAAAUCUGUGAAUUUCGAGGACUCGGAUGAUGAUGAAUUUCAUGGCAGCCAUGGAGUUCGGAGGAGGCAGCCGCCACAGAAAAUUGAGCCGGGGUCCAUGAAUGUACUUUCUGCUAAAUAUGAAAGUUUGGACUAUGACACAUGUGAGAACCACUUACUCCUUGACGAGGAACGGAAAAGAGGUUAUGCUUUUAUAGUCUGGAAGGACAUAGCCCGGUGGUUCAUCAUACUGCUGAUUGGCAUAAUCACAGCUCUAAUAGCUUUCUUUAUAGACAUCUGUAUAGAAGAAUUCUCGAAGAUAAAAUACAGGGAGUUGAAGAAAUCUGUAGACACAUACGUGAUACAAGAUAGACUGUACAUUCCUUAUUUGCUGUGGGUGUUAUCAAACAUAUGCAUUGUGUUUAUUGGAUCUAUGCUUGUUGCAUAUGUUGAGCCUGUAGCAGCUGGAAGUGGUAUUCCCCAAGUGAAAUGUUACUUAAACGGCGUCAAAGUUCCGCGGGUGGUUCGAAUCAAAACUCUUAUUGUGAAAGCAGUUGGUGUCAUCACAGCAGUUGUAGGGGGCUUAGCUGGAGGCAAGGAAGGGCCUAUGAUCCACAGUGGGGCUGUCGUCGCGGCAGGCAUAUCGCAAGGCAAGAGCACGACUUUCAACAAGGAUUUCAAGAUAUUCCAGUACUUCCGCGAAGACCAUGAAAAACGGGACUUCGUGUCGGCGGGAGCGGCCGCCGGUGUGUCCGCUGCUUUUGGGGCUCCUAUAGGCGGAGUCCUCUUCUCAUUAGAAGAAGGCACCAGUUUCUGGAACCAGGCUCUGACAUGGCGGACGUUUUUCGGCACCGUGGUAUCGACUUUCACUCUCAACUGCGCUCUAUCUGCUUACCAUGGCCGCGCGGGAGAACUCAGUUUUCCUGGCCUCCUAAACUUGGGUAAGAUGGAGCCGUUCCCGUUCCAGUUUUACGAGCUGCCGGUGUUCAUGUUUUUCGGCGCUGUCGGAGGCAUGCUCGGCGCUCUGUGGAACUAUAUCAACUAUAGACUAACAGUUUUUAGGCUAAGGUAUAUUGGAAGUCCUUGGUUACGCGUGGUAGAAGCCUGUUUAGUGGCAGCUGCGAGCGCUACUUGUGGCUUCCUCAUGAUGUUCCUGCUGAACGACUGCCGACCACUCGGAGAGGAUCCCACUAAAGUACCAUUACAGUUAUACUGCGCAGACGGCGAAUACAAUGCUCUAGCGGCGAUCUGGUUCCAAACCCCUGAAGCUUCAGUCCGUUCCUUCCUCCACGACCCAAUAGGUUCAUACAAGCCCUGGUCUAUCCUAGUGUUCGUUGUAUGUUACUUCCUACUGUCUACUUGGACCUUUGGCUUGUCGGUGUCUAGUGGACUGUUCAUACCGAAUUUGUUAACUGGAGCCGCGUGGGGAAGAUUGCUGGCGAUUUUGAUACAGUAUAUGCUGCCUUCUAAUACAAUCAAUCCAGCGAAAUACGCGCUAAUAGGCGCGGCUGCCCAACUGGGCGGAGUUGUGCGCAUGACGAUAUCCCUCACCGUCAUUAUCAUCGAGACUACAGGACAGAUCUCCAACGCUUUGCCCAUCAUCAUCACGCUGGUGGUCGCCAAGUGGACCGGAGACUUCUUUAAUGAGGGUAUCUACGACAUCCACAUACAAUUGGCCGCAGUGCCUCUCCUACCAUGGGAACCGCCGCCAUUAGCCCACAAUAUUUACGCUUCCGAAGUGAUGUCGCAUCCAGUCUUCACAUUGAGGACCGUUGAGAAUGUCGGCCAUAUUGUCGAGUUGCUGAAAUUAGUGUCGUACAAUGGAUUCCCUGUUGUUGAUCCGCCGUUGGCUGAUGACCUGGAAGUGACAACAUACAAGCGACUACGAGGCAUGAUACUGCGCUCGCAACUGAUCGUGCUCAUACAAAACAAGCUUUACAACGAGAAUGCGAACACAACGUGGUCGAACUUCAAUGUUGAUAUGAAUAUGUUCAGGAAGGAGUACCCUCGGUAUCCUUCUAUUGAUGAGUUAGACAUAGCAGAAUGGGAGAAGACUUGCACGAUUGACCUGCGUCCGUUCAUGAAUCCUUCGCCUUACACUCUGCCGCAUCGAGCGUCUCUGCCACGUUUGUUCAGGCUGUUCAGAGCACUGGGCUUGCGACAUCUGCCUAUUGUCAAUGAUGUUAACGAGGUAGUAGGUAUGGUCACUCGGAAAGAUAUCGCAAGAUAUCGAGUGUGGAGACACCGAGGACACAUGGGAAUGGAGGAGUUAAUACUUUCUAGUGAAAUCUAACACAUUAGUUACAAGUGUCCGACCAAAGAAACCACAUUGACUUCAAACUGUUUCGACAAAAAUAAGCCACUUCAAGGACGACAGCGUAAAAUUCCUGCUCAAAACCAAAGACUGUAUAAAACAUUUGAGUCUCUAGCGAUAGUUUGACUAGGGGCGGCAAAGUCCUACUUACAAUUCUAGCAACAAACAAACCUUUACGCAAAGAUACACACAUACUUGAUUGGUCGGACAUGAGUGGACUUUGAUAAAAAUUAGUGAAAUUAAUCAAAAUGACAAAAUAUUAUUUUCUUAUGAUUUUUUUAUGAAAUACCUAGGUAUAAUUAGUACAGCUUUACUUGUUAUAAUUAAAAUUAUUUAAAUUCAAUCCAAA